AAUACAGCAUGACAUUUUUUUUAAUUAAACCAUGUAUAAUGUAAUUAUUUCCAAAUAAUAUUCUGUAAUUGAUGUUUAAAAUGUAUAUUACUAACUAAUGUGACAAUUUUAUUACAUUUUUUCCAGAUAAGAUUCUUUCAACAAUGACCAUGGAACCAGGAAUCAGUCUCAGCAAGGCRGAWAUUGUUGAGAAUAUACUUCUAUGUUUUGAAUCAGUYAAUGGGUCUUGCAAAAGAUCAAUCUUUCCUCCAACAAUACGAGUAUUACUUUAUCUCUUACUUGGCUCAAUGUCUGUUCUCACAGUGUGUGGCAACCUUCUUGUAAUCAUUCCCAUCAUCCACUUCAAACAGCUCCACACCCCGACCAACUACCUCAUCCUCUCUCUGGCUGUGUCAGACCUCCUCUUGGGGGUUUUAGUGAUGCCUCCCAGCAUGGUAUAUUCACUGGAAAGCUGCUGGUAUUUUGGAGAUUUAUUCUGUAAAAUCUACACCAGCACUGAUGUCAUGUUGAGCACUGCAUCCAUUCUUAAUUUGUGUUUUAUUUCCAUUGACAGGUAUUAUGCAGUGUGUCGCCCUCUCCUUUAUAGAACUAAAAUAACUGUUCACAUUGUUCUGAUUAUGAUGCUGGUCACCUGGACGGUUUCUGCCGUAGUAGGGUUUUGUAUGAUAUUUCUGGAGCUCAAUAUUUGGGGCAUGGAGGAUUUUUACUACAAAAAUUUUGCCUGUGAGGGAGAAUGUAUUUUGUUUCAAAACAAAGUGUCGAGUACUGUGUCUUCGGUGAUCUCAUUCUACAUCCCAGGAAUAGGGAUGCUUAGCAUCUACCUAAAGAUUUUCCUAAUAGCACAGAGACAGGCACGCUCAAUUCAGGGUACAACCAAUCAGAACUCUGUAGGCAAAUCACAGAGGAAGGCCACCAAAACACUUGCUGUCAUUAUGGGGGUAUUUCUAUCAUUCUGGACACCCUUUUUUGUCGUCAACUGUAUUGAUCCUUUUAUUAAUUACUCUACCCCACCCGUUUUGUUUGUAACAUUUGUAUGGAUUGGCUAUUUGAAUUCAACCGUUAAUCCUAUGGUGUAUGCAUUCUUUUACAGUUGGUUCAGGAGGGCGUUUAGAAUGAUAAUUUCUGGUAAAAUAUUUCAACCUGACUCUUCAAUAAUACAAUUGUUUUCAGAAUAAAUAUGUCCAAAUCCAAUACUUACAAAGAAGUGUGACACAUAUGUGCCUUGCUCUCAGUCCUUUAUAUCAAACACAGGUGUGUAGGUUUUAAAACAAGUACAAUCCAGUUGAAUAUUGCUCUAUACUCCAGCAUUUCUGAUC